AUUUUAAUUUAUUUAUUUAUUCAAAAUUCAUAAAAUCUCUCACGUCUCUGUUACAUCCACACUCAUCAAUUUUUCAGUUCCCAAUUCUAUCUUUAAGCCUCCUGCACAUUGCACGGAUAAAUAAAUUGUUUAUUUUGUGUAAAGUAACCUUUGCUUAACCUAACUCAAAACAUGGCACAUGGUUAUGUGGUUAUCAAUGUUAGUUAAACAUAAAUCAGGAUGACAUUAAUCUAAAUUCUAAAGUAAAUAUAUAAAUAUGUGUUAAAUACUUGAAACCAUACUAGUCAUGUCUAUUUAAAUAAAUCAAUUUAACUAAAUGUAAAUACUUUGACAUAAAGAAAAAAUAUUAAUUAUGAAAUUAUGACCGUAAUUAGUAGUUUUGUUCAUAAGAUUUAAAAUUUAUUACAAUUAUCCAAUAAAUGCAUCGUAAUUAAAAAUGGUACUGUGUCGUGAAGGAAAAAUUGGCUUUGGAUGUUUUAUUACUUCCAUAAUUAUUGCAACGAUACCAGAAAUUUUGUUGCGGAUUGAAUUUAAUUCUUACAUCCAUGAAGUUUUGAUAAAUGUCUGGUUAAUUCAUUUAUUUCAAUAUGGAUUUUUAAAUUUAUUAAUAUUUCUGACAUUCAAAGGAUUUUUAUAUCAAAUUGCAGUAAGAUCAGCAUUUCUUGGUUAUAUUUUUGGAGUUGGAAUAAUUAUUUAUUUCUCAGCUCCAUUGUCAUGGAGAUGUUUUGGAAUUUACGCAUCUGUUUUAUCAACUUUCCAUUUCUCCGAAUUUUUGACUAUCGCUUGGACGAACCCCAAAGCGAUAUCCAUUGAUAGUUUUAUACUUAAUCAUAGUUUAGCUUAUAGUAUAGCGGCAUGCUCCAGUUGGGUUGAAUUUUUAAUUGAAAGAUAUUAUUUCCCGCAAAUGAAAUCUCCUGACUUUAUUUUUUACGCUGGCUUAAUAAUUUGCAUCUGCGGAGAAAUUGUAAGAAAGCUGGCCAUGUUUACUGCUAGAGAUAAUUUUAAUCAUCUUGUUCAAAUGGAAAAAUCCGAAACUCACAAACUCGUUACUAACGGAGUGUACAGAUUGUUUAGACAUCCAAGUUAUGUCGGAUGGUUUUAUUGGUCAAUUGGUACUCAGCUGAUACUUAAGAACCCAGUUUGCAUAGUGGCUUAUGCUAUUGCAUCCUGGCAAUUUUUUCAUAACCGAGUGAUCUUGGAAGAAAUCACAUUAUUAAACUUUUUUGGAGAAGAUUAUAUUAAAUAUCAAGAAAAGGUUGGAACGGGGUUGCCGUUUAUUUCUGGAUAUAAACUCAACACAUAGCUUACAAUGGUUUAAUUUCUGGUGUAUAAAUUGUUAAUACUAUAUAUAUAUAUGUCUGAAGUAUUUUUACAGCUCAUGAUUUUAGCAGAGAAUUCAAAACUCAUUAGUUAUAAAUAAUCCAGUUAUUUUAUUGAAGAUAAUUAAUUUCUGUAUAUUAGAUCACUUAAAAAUAUAUUCUUUUAGAGAGGCUUUCUCUGUCACUCUUGAAGUGAAAUAAAACUAAAAAUAAUAAAACGAAGAUCAAUUUGUUUUAAGUGGAGGAAAAUUAAAUUUUUUGGGAAUAAAUAAGAGAGUGAUAUUUUAAAUAAUAUAUGUUGUUUUAUAUCAAAAUUAUAUUUAUUGUCAUUUCAAUUCACAUAAUUUAUACAUUCAACAGUACAUACACUACACUUUCAUUAUUUUCAUCUUUUACUUUCAUAAUUAUGUUUUAUCAAAUUAGUAAAUAAUACAUUAUCUAUCUAUAAUAUUGUCAAAUAUAUAUUUUUUCGCAGCUCAUGCAAGGAAAAUGCAUUUGGACUGUCAAAGGAAAGCACCACAAAAUAAUAAAUAUUAUCAUAAAUCCUGAAGCUAAAUAGGCUUCGACUCCUAUUCCCUUCUAAUUAUUUAAUAAAAAAAAAUUUAACAAGACUGUGAUCAGUCUAGUUGUAUCAGUACUAGCAUGACUAAAAAUAGCAAAUGUUUAAUAAAUUGUGGUUCUCUCUUUUGGAAUAAAUUACAAUGUUCUCUUGCGAUUUAUAGAAAACUAUUGUAUGCUGCUGAGUGAGGAUGAUCUUUUUACAAAAAGCGCGCAUUGACAUCACGAGCUGCAGACAAGUGACAUCAACCCAAGUAUUAAAGCUCAUUCUCACUUUGUAGCAAAAUAUACUAAUUUAUAAUUAUACAUUAUUAGUAAUUAUAUAAACUUUAAAAAUG